UUGGCGUGAGCGGUAGCGGCAGACGGCGAGCCUGCCUGCAGUUAAUCAGGAAAGGUCAGGGAAAUUUCUCUUUAUUUUAGGGCGCUUUGUGCGUUUCUAAAGUCCCUGCAGUGCUUACCUUGUGUGUGUGUGUGUGUGUGUCUCUGUACCUGUGUAGGGGUGUGUGUAUGUGUCUCACUCUCUCUUUCCGUGACUAGCCUGUGUGUGUGUGUGUCUGUCUCUCUCUCUCCUUCUGCGUUUGUGUAGCUGUGGGUCUAUCCGGGUGUGUCCAAAAAUCACCGUGUGUGUGUCUCUGUCUCACUGUGUACAUUUCUCCAUCGGUGUCCAAGUCUCUAAUUGAGUGUGUCUCUUCAUCUUCCCCUGUGUUUGUGUGCGUCUCCCUCUCUGUACACCAAUUCUGUGUGAGUGUUUGCCUCUUCGUGGUCCCUCUGUGUGUCUUUUACUCUCCCUAGAUAUAUAGAGAGACCGGUGUGUGUGCCUCCGUGCCCACAUCGAGUGGGUAUGUAUCUCUUUCUCAGUCAGCCCGAGGCAACCUGACAGAGAGAGGGUGUGUGUGUGUGUGUGAGUCUCUCUGUCAGUCUCCUUCCACACGGGGAUCAUCUUUGAGAGAGAGAGAGAGAGGGCGGGUGCGAGGAGGACGACUCCAUCAGAUGGCAGAGAUGCUGGCAACGCUGCCUCCUACUAGUCGCUUCCUGGGUUAAGGCCCCGGCCCCAGAGAGACCCUCGUCCUCCCCUACCAACCCCCCCACCACCCCCUCAUCCCUGUUCUGGAAUGCGAGUCACAGGCCAGCGACCGGAAGCCAAGGGAGUGGGACUGAGGAACCAGGAACGACGAGGGAGUCUCCGGAGUUAUUCACAGCAGCAGGAUCGAGGGGAGCCGGGGGAUGAAGAGAAGGCGCGGAGAGCCGCGGAUGGCGGCGGCUGCCAGCCUGGGCCUGGGCCUGCUGCUGCUGGCGGGCGUGAGCGCCGGGUCAGCGCCCACUGAGCCGACCGACUCCAACGACACCUGCCGCGGGCUCUACAACUGCCAACCGGGCAUCCUGCUGCCGCCGUGGCGGCCGCUGGACCCGUCGCCGGGCGACAAGGCGGCGAGGGCCGCGGUCUACUUCGCGGCCAUGGCCUACCUCUUCCUGGGCAUGUCGAUCGCCGCCGACCGCUUCAUGGCCUCCAUCGAGGUGAUCACGUCGCAGGAGCGGGAGGUGAGGGUGCGGCGGGCCGACGGCGAGGUCUUCACCACCCGGGUGCGGGUGUGGAACGAGACCGUGUCCAACCUGACGCUGAUGGCGCUGGGCUCGUCGGCGCCCGAGAUCCUGCUCAGCGUGAUCGAGGUGUGCGGCCACGGCUUCGAGGCGGGCGAGCUGGGCCCCGCCACCAUCGUGGGCAGCGCCGCCUUCAACAUGCUGGUGAUCGUGGCCAUCUGCGUGUCCGCCGUGCCGGCGGGCCAGCACCGGCGCAUCCGCCACCUGCCCGUCUUCUUCACCACCGCCUUCUGGAGCGUCUUCGCCUACGUCUGGCUCUACCUGAUGCUGGCCGUGUUGUCGCCCGGCGUGGUGGAGGUGUGGGAAGCGCUGCUCACCUUCGCCUUCUUCCCGGCCUGCGUGCUGCUGGCCUGGGCCGCCGACCGCCGCCUGCUCCUCCGCCGCUUCGCCCGCAAGCGCUACCGGGCCGACAAGGCCGGCGGGGCGGUGAUCGUGGAGGGGACCGGCGGCCCGGAGCCGGAGCCGGAGGCGGCGGCGGCCAAGCGGACGAUGGCCCGCCUGCUGCGGGAGCUGAAGCAGCGGCACCCGAACACGGGGAGCCCGCGGCUGAUGGAGAUGGCCAGCUACCAGGCCCUGCUGCGGCAGAGCAAGAGCCGCGCCUUCUACCGCGUCCACGCCACCCGCCGCCUCACCGGCGAGGGCGACGUCCUGAAACAGCACGCCGCCGAGCGCACCCGUCGCCUCCUUAGCCUCCCCGCCGGCGUCCCCGGCCCCGGCCCCGGUCCCGAGCGGCCCCGGCAGCCCGGCGUCCUGGUCUACUUCGAUCCGGCGGAAUACCGGUGCUCGGAGGACUGCGGCUGGCUGCAGCUGACGGUGGUGGUGGAGGCGGAGGGCGGCGGCGGGGCCGGCUACCCGGUGGCCGUGGACUACCGCACCGAGGAGGGCACGGCCACCGCCGGCUCCGACUACGAGCACGCCGAGGGCACGCUGCGCUUCGGGCCGGGCGAGGCCCGAGGGCUGCUGCCGGUGCGCAUCGUUGACGACGACGUGUACGAGCCGGACGAGUUCUUCCAGGUGCGGCUGAGCAACCCGCGGGCGGAGGGCGUCGGCUGCGGCGGGGCCGGGGCCGGGCGGGUGGCGCUGGGCCCGCAGAGCCUGGCCACCGUCACCAUCCUGGACGACGACCACGCCGGCAUGUUCGCCUUCGAGCGGGGCCACGGGCGGGUGAGCGAGAGCGUGGGCGCCGUGUCGGUGCGGGUGCUGCGCACGUCCGGCUCCCGCGGCGCCGUGCUGCUGCCCUACCGGACGGCCGAGGGCACGGCCAAAGCGGGCGAGGAUUUCGUUGGUCUCAGCGGACAGCUGCUCUUCCAGAACGACGAGACCGUGAAAACCAUCGAAGUGCAGAUCAUCAAUGAUGAGGAGUACGAGAAGAACAAAAACUUCUUCAUCGAACUGGGGCAGCCGAAGCUGGUGGGCAGCAAGAUUCAGACAGAUUACUCGAGCGCGGUGGGGAAGCAGGAGGAACUGGCCCAGCAGGGGUGUCCCUGCCUCGGGGAGCACCUCAAGAUGGAGAUCGUCAUCGAGGAGUCCUACGAGUUUAAGAGCACGGUGGACAAGCUGAUCAAGAAGACCAGCCUGGCGCUGGCGGUGAGCAGCAGCAGCUGGAAGGAGCAGUUCGUCAACGCGGUGACGGUCAGCGCCGGUGAAGACAAUGAUGACGGGGGCUCCAGUGAGAAGCAGCUCCCCUCCUACUUUGAUUACAUCAUGCACUUCCUGACGGUGUUCUGGAAGGUUCUCUUCGCUUUCGUGCCCCCCACGGAGUACCUGAACGGCUGGGCCUGCUUCGUGGUCUCGAUCAUGCUGAUCGGGGUUCUGACAACGAUCACGGGGGACCUGGCCAAGCACUUUGGCUGCACGAUCGGACUCAAGAAUUCCGUCACUGCCAUCGUCUUCGUGGCCCUGGGGACCUCCAUCCCAGACACGUUUGCCAGUAAGGUGGCAGCCGUCCAGGACCAGUUCGCCGACGCGUCCAUCAGCAACGUGACGGGGAGCAACGCCGUCAACGUCUUCCUGGGCAUUGGGGUGGCCUGGACCAUGUCCGCCAUCUACUGGGCCUCCAAGGGCCAGCCUUUCCGCGUGGACCCGGGAAACCUGGCCUUCUCCGUCACCAUCUUCACCAUCUUUGCCUUCGUCGCCAUCACCACCCUGCUGUGCCGCCGUCGCCGGGAUAUCGGGGGCGAGCUCGGGGGCCCGUGGCUGCCCAAGCUCUGCACCUCGGCCUUCUUCAUCCUACUCUGGCUCGCGUACAUCGUCCUGUCCAGCCUGGAGGCCUACUGCUAUAUCACCGGCUUCUGAGGCCCCGAUCCCAAAGGAAAAGCCAAGGUCCAGGCCCCUGGGAGGGGUGGGUGGGUGUCAGGGUUUCUGGUUUCCCCGGGGCCUCCCGGUUCCCGUACGGUUUCGGAUCCUGGUCACCUUCGGAUUCCCAGUCAACUGGGCCCCGCCCCACCAGUCCUGAAUGGCUUCGGAUCCUGGGCUACCUGGGGAUUGCGAUUCCGGAUCCCCCAUGGAUGGGGACCCCCUGGUCACUUCAGGCCUCCCGCCUCCCAGCCGUUGCCUGUUCCCUGUCGGGGAGGGUGGAGUCAGGAUCUUCCCAACAGCGACCCUCCUCCCCAGCUGCUCAGCUCCCCCAGGGCUGAAGGAUGGGUCUUGUGGGUGGGGGGGGGGAGAGAGGGAGGGGUGGUACCCACGAAGGUUCAUUCACUUCCUGUUGGCGUCACCAAUCCCAGAGCCAACUUUAGCCCCCCUUGACGCCCUCCAGCCCUUAGUAGGCCGUCACCUGGUUUGAACACCUCCCCCCUAUUCCCCCAACCCCAGUGCACCAAAACACAGUGCCCUCAUGCCUGUCCUGUCCCCUCCAUAAAUCUCCCCCCACCCCCACUAAAUAGUAGGGUAGUCAAGGACAGGAGAUGGAGGCUUCCCUUACUGUCCAGUUGAAACUGGCCCUCGGUGGGGGUUGGGUUGAAGAACCAUCUCAACCUCCCCCACCAACGCCCACCAUAGACCCCGGAGUGGGGGGGGGCCGUGGAGGCAGCCCAGGCCCCGUUUCCAAAGAAGGGUCUGAACUUGAAACCUCUUUACUCCUCCCCCUCCCGACCCAGAGUGUGAUCGAAGAUCUCGUUGGUCUGUGGGUGGGGAGGUGAUCCCCACGCUCAACACCCUUCCUCAGCUCUCCGGGGGAGAAAGAGAGAGAGAUAUUGGACGGUUGCCAUGACGACGAGGCCUCAAUUUGGACCAGCCAGGCAACAGGCCGAAUCCACCCACCCAACCAUCCAUCUCCCCUCCCAAGAUGCAGCCUGAAACAAAUGAGCAGCACACAAGGAAACUGGCAGCCACAAAUUACAUGUUGACUUUUUGCUGAACGCCGGGGCGUAUUGGCGGCCAAUUUGGUUGCCACCGGGGUGGGGUGUCCUCCCCCGGCAACGGACUGCCCGAGCGGGUGUGUCUGUGCUCGCCUCGGGUCGGGCCUAGGCGUGAGGCUUCGGUGCAAUAGCGCGGCGGGCGGAGGUUUUUCCCAGAGUGCGUUAGAAGCGCGGCUUCGCGGUGUUAGGGUAGGAGCAGGGUUGCCACUGUGUAACAGUAGAUCCCAGGAGUGGGACUCCCGCUGCUAGUGUAAGUGAGGGCUGCCAUGGUGCGCCAUGUCGGGCCUAGGAGCAAGGCUUUACUACCUGAGGAGGUCCACGGCGUCGCCCGGCAGCCAGCUUGUCGACACAUUAAAGAUCUAAAACUGAGGAAAUUUUAAUGAGUGUGAUGCCAGUCUCAUCGAGAAUCAGACCGACUGUAAUAGGCCAGAGGGAACCUGACCUGAGAUACACACCGAGUCUUCUGGGAGUGAUGGGAAAGGCAGAGGGAAUGAUUUACUAUCAACAGCAAUAUUCCCGUAAUUUCUAAUGACCAGUGUGCGGAAAAGUCUUGUGCUGUGCAAUUUUUUGCCUAGUGACAUGUGCACACUCUAUUUUAUAUGUAGAGGUAUUCAUUUUAACAGCUAGCAAAACAUUGUAAGAACUUUGAUCUCCUUUGGGUUUGAUCGUUUUUGCUCUCGUUCAUCUGCAGUGACACAAAACAUGUAGAGGGUAAUGAAGGAUUUUCUUGUCAGAGCUUUUGCACGCCGUCCACAGGUGAUUUACUUGCUAAAUGACGCUUUAAAAAGCCAAGUGUCCAAAUAUCACUCCACUUCUUCCUGCUUGCAAAUUCUCCAGCAACUUUUGCCUCAUGACAAUACGCGCCGGUAGCACUAGUUUCCGUAUUGUACAUAAAUAUUUCUUGUAGCUGUACGUUCCUGACCUCACGAGCUUUCGGUGUAGCAGCUUCUACUGUUUCGUUAAGCCAUUCUGCUUUAAAUGAACUCACAGUUCUUUUGUGCUUCACGCCCUUUGCUUCUUUGGAAUCCGACCGUAGUGAAUCAAUAAUUUCUUCAAUAAAAAAAAG